UCCAAAUGUCAAUGGAAAGCAAAAGUCCGCAAAUACGUAUCCACUCAUCGAUUUCUUUAGUUUUGUAGCGAUUUUAGUUCACUUAUCAAUCUAACAGUUGAUCCUAGUUUAGCCACCAGCUGUCGGAAAUGAGUUUCAACUAUGAAUGCGGCGAUUUCUCACAGUUUCAGGAAAAACUGAAAAAAAUGCGUGACUUGGAUGAUAAGAUAAUUUACGCGCUCAACACGUCCCUUCCAACGGAAUCCUUCAAAGGUCAAGUGGAUCCCGAAGUUAAAUGUCGUGACCUGCACCGGCAGCUACAAACUGGUUACAUUCAUCGACAGGAAGCGAUUAAAAGCUGUAUCGUAUCGUGUGCGGAUAACGUGAAACAAUUGAAGGAUAAGCGCGAGGAAACCAGAGAUGAUGUGGUUCUUAACAAACAGUUCAAAACCGAGCAGAGGAAGCUACGUUUGCUUCAAGCAGAGCUUAGCGUUGAAGACAUCAUCCGAGAGCGCACGCAGAAAGCCUUCCGAGAACGAUGUAGGUUGUUUGUGAACAUUGACUCAUUAUAGAGGUUUUCUACCAUUGCCGUUGGUGCAGGCUGAAGCAUUUCAAUAGUAGGAAAUUAUCAUAUUCACCAGCAAGGAAACAUAUAAUCUAGUUUGACAUCGUUGCAAUACAGUUGUAGAGUCAGUGCCGUAAACUUAGGACUGAUCUGUAAGGCAUUUAUCACUGGAAAGGGUUCGUUCGAACAAACGGUUUCUUUUUUCGAUGCAAAGAGCGUAAAGUUAACACCCUCAUUAAAAUACAGUUCUAUCUUGUUUAUAAUAAAUUAGGCAACACCCUUGCACAGAAAAAGCAAUGGGUCUCAUUUGUUUCAUAGUGAAGAAAAGUAGCUAGUA